GGGUUGAGUGGGCACCGCCGCGUGCAGGGCGCAGACGAACGUAGGAGUGUAGACUGGGGAGCGCACGUGGCCAGCGGGUGAGUAGGGGCGGAAGUGACGGUGCGUUUAGCCAGCGGGCGCGCAGGCGCAGUAGUGCUAAAGGCGCGCGCAGGCGCAGCGUUGGCAGGGCAGCCUGUGUAAGUGGCCGGCCAGUGCGCAGGUGCGGUGGACGCACGUGGCGGACGGGUGCGCAGGUGCAGCGGGCGGCGGCGGCAUGGGCCCUGUACGCUGGCAGGUGGUGGCCGUGGCGGCUGUGGGCCUCGCCCUGACCUUGGAGGUGCUGCCCUCGGUGCUGCGCUGGCUGCGGGCCGGACGGCGGCGGCGGCCUCGGCGCCAGGUGCUCUUCUUCCCUUCGCAGGUGACCUGCACGGAGGCCCUGCUGCAGGCGCCGGGCGUGGCGCCCUCAGGGCCGGGCUGCCCGUGCAGCCUGCCCCAUGGGGAGAGCUCGCUGAGCCAACUGCUGCGCGCGCUGCUGGCUGCCCAUGCCAGCCUCGAGCUCUGCCUCUUCGCCUUCUCCAGCCCGCAGCUGGGCCGCGCGGUGCAGCUGCUGCACCAGCGCGGGGUGCGCGUCCGGGUCAUAACUGACUGCGACUACAUGGCCCUCAACGGCUCGCAGAUCGGCCUGCUGCGCAAGGCAGGUAUUCAGGUUCGGCAUGAUCAGGACCUUGGCUACAUGCAUCACAAGUUUGCAGUCGUGGACAAGAAGGUGCUGAUCACCGGCUCCCUCAACUGGACCACACAGGCCAUUCAGAAUAACAGGGAGAAUGUUCUCAUUACAGAGGAUGAAGAGUACGUGCGGCUCUUUCUGGAAGAAUUUGAGCGGAUUUGGGAAGAGUUCGACCCCACCAAGUACUCCUUUUUCCCACAGAAGAGAAGGCACUGAGGCUCUGCGCUGCCUGUCUUCGCAGUUGGCAGGGAUGGUGCUGUUCAGUGUUGCAGAACUUUCAGUCCCUCCAAUGAGAACCAGACUAAACCUACAAAGACUGGGACCAAGGUGGGGGCAGGGUGGGUGACUGCCUCUGCAUUCCACCGGAGAGAGUGAUUACAAAGAAAUCAUUCAAACUGAACUCCCAUUCAUUAAAAUAGUACUGUGAGGUUAAAAAAGAGAGGGAGACCUCUGUAACACUGGGCCAGUUGCUGGGGGCUGAGCUUUGGGUUUUUCCCUCCACGAGAAGCACUUGAGCCUUUAGGAGCCUGGCAGCUCGGUGCAGAAUUAAAGGGUUCCUGUGCACAGAAGGGAGGCUCAGCACCCUUCCAGGGCUGGGAGGCCGAGCUCCUUCCCCCCUCUUGAGGUUCCCCCGCUGACUGACUCUGCUGGCUCUGCCCUGUGGGGAGCCUCUGAAAUGUCCCCGUUUCCCCUUGGGGUGGCCGGCCACCGUCCAGCACAGCUGACCCUGGGGUUGGCUGGACGUUGAGCCUCUGUCCCCACUGCCACCAGCUCCUUGGCUUGUUGGCAGGUUUGAGUCAGAAGAGGGAAAAGAAGGAAGGAGGCUGAGGAGGGGGCACGCUGCCACAGGGGCAGGCCACCCUCAAACACACGAGGGAAGGCCCGUCCUCGGCAGCUGCCCUUCUGUUUCCAUGUGGGGAAGUGCAGGGUGUGUCAGGAGGGCCUUAAGUGGCCAGAAGCUGCCUGUUUCCCUAUGUCAUGCUUUUAAUUUUUAGUUCUCACAUUCAAGGUAACUUUGUGCGUUUAGAAGAGAACCUUCACCUUAACACCUGCGGAUUUGGCUAAUUGGCAUUUUUGGUUCAGUUUAAUGAGUCAUGAAUUACCUGACCAUCUGGAGGAAUAAACCAGGGGAGGGCCUAAUUUCAAGCUGUGGUGCCUUGGGAGAUCUGCUCCUGCUCAGCCCAGUGUGUUGCAUUCAUAGGUUAUUAACGAGGAGAACCUAUGAAGGCGACCGUUUACAUUCGUGAAAUGUUCCAGAUUAUUUUUUUCAUAAUGUGUAUCUAUACACUGGUGAGCUCAAAUGACACCUGAAUGAUUAUUUCGCCAUCUUGCUGUGACUGCAGCGCCACCUUCCCUGUCACGCUCAAGGGCCGGCUGGAGAGGCCAGGCCGCUCGCUGUUGCACGUCUUAUCUGUUUGGUUACCCUGGACUCAGCGUUAGGCUUGACAUGUCCAAGUUACUUUUUCUUACUCAGUUGAAACUAAAACUAAAAUGUAUGGGUUGGAGAUAAGGAAUGGUUAGGUGUGUUUUCUCACCCAAGUCCGCUCCAGCAGUGUGUGCUCUGAGCAAACAGGAGCAGCUGUAAUGCCUCGGGGUGAAGGAGCUGUGUGGCCCUGGACCCCGGCACGUUUGAAUAAAUGGUCUUAGUCCGAAAUGUUA